UAACCCUGACUGAGUCGAGGGAAUGGGCCCAGCCUCGCUACAAGAGGAGAGAGAGACCAAAGAGGAGAUGGAGAGCUACCACUGCCUUCUGCAGGCCGGCUCCCAGCUUCAGAGCACUCUGCAGCAGGUCUCAGUCCCUGUGAGCUUGCAGGAGGUGGGAGGAUAUAUAGAGAAACAGGUGGCAUAUCUCUCAGGGGGCCGUGGGGAAGACUCCAGUGUCAUCAUCACUCUCCCCGAAUGCUCAGCUUUCAGUGACAUUCCAGAGGAAGCUUUAGCCAAAGUCUUCACGUACCUCACUCUCAUUCCUCGAACAAGGCAACCCGGAGUCAAAUUUAUCAUCAUUUUAGACCGAAGACUGGACACAUGGGCAUCCAUCAAAACUGCACUUGCCAGGAUAGCAGCUUCCUUCCCUGGGAACCUGCACCUGGUCCUGGUGUUGCGACCGACCAGCUUCUUCCACCGCACUGUCACUGACCUGGGCUUUCGCUUCAGCCAAGAGGACUUCAUGCUCAAAAUGCCAGUGGUGAUGCUGAGCUCUGUCACAGACCUGCUGCACUACAUCAGCGAGAACCAGCUGACGUCAGAGUUCGGAGGCACCCUGGACUAUUGUCACAGCGACUGGAUUGUUCUACGAACGGCUAUUGAAAGUUUUGCUGUAACAGUCAAAGACAUAGCACAGAUGCUUCAGGGCUUUGGCACUGAGCUGGCAGAGACAGAGCUGCCAGACAAAGGGAAAGCCAUCGAGUCUCUGCUUGAACUCCAGACAGAAAAGUAUAAGAAACUCAAGGAUGCAAUUAGGUCCGUGUCAAAGGAGGGUCGUCAUCUUCUCUCCAGCCUCGAAAGCUCUGGGAAUGAGGACGACUCCCACUGGGAUGUGAAGCUGGACUGGGAGACAGUGCAGAGUCCCAUUUUUUUUAGGCUUCUCGCGCAGCUCCGAGACAUGGAGUCGGCGUUUGACGGCUUCUUUGAGAAGCAUCAUCUGAAACUUCACCAGUAUCUGCAGCUACUCAGAUACGAGCAAAGCUUUCAGGAGAUGGAGUUUUGUCUGGAGCACCUGGCGGCUCAGGAGAGGGAACUGACCGUAUCCGUCGACACUGAGGCUCAGGCGGAACACGCUCUCAAAAAGCUGGACAGUCUGGAGUCCAAUGCACAGGAGGUGGUGUCUCGUGCUCAGAUCCUCAUCCUUCAUGGACACCAGCUUUCAGCGAAUCACCACUUCGCGAUGGCCCUCAUCAUGCAGCGCUGCAACGAGCUUCGCCACCACUGUGACACACUUACUGCUGCUCUGAAGUCCAAACACUCUCAGCUUCUGCACACACACCAGCUGCUGCUUCACCUCGGUCAGGCCCAAACAUGGUGUGAUGAUGGAGCGUAUUUGCUGGCCAAUCAGCUGGUAGAGAACUUUCAGUCUAAGGAAGUGGCCCAGGCUGCUUUAAGGGAUAUCGAGAAAUUCCUGGAGGGGGCGCCGUCGAUACUGAGCUCAGGACCGGACGUCUUGGCCAUUGAAUAUGAGGCGGUCAUCACACCUAAUCUGCAGGCUCAGAUUGGGAAAACGUUCGAGAAACACGCCGCGGUGCAGCAGAUGGUCCAGAGCCGACAGACUUGUCUGAGGAAACAGGCCGAGAAACACGUCCGACCCGUCCAGCUGGUGGCGCCCAGGUCGGAAAACCCACCGCGCGCCAAGUCCCCGCUCUUCUCCCCCAAACAUGGAGAUGGUUUGAAGUUCACAUUCGACCUCGCUUUACCGGGGAAGAGAGCGUCCCGCAAGAGCCCCAACUCUAGAAAAAUCGAGGUGAUUCACGACUACCAGGAGAGUGGAGGCUGUGUGUCCUACAGUCUGGAGGGAGAAGACAGUCCUGACCUACUAAAGCGCCAUGUAAUGAGGGAACUCAUAGACACUGAAAGAAUCUAUGUGGAAGAGCUGCUGUCAGUGCUGCUGGGUUACAGGGCUGAGAUGGACAACCCGGCUCUGUCAGGGCUCCUGACCCCAAUCCUGCGCAGUAAGAGAGAUGUCCUCUUUGGAAACAUGCCUGAGAUCUACAAUUUUCACAGCAGGGUCUUUCUCCAGGAUCUGGAAGGAUGCCUCGAGGCCCCUGAAGGUGUGGGAGCUUGUUUUCUGAAGCGGAAAGAGAGUUUUCAAAUGUAUGAAUGCUACUGUCAGAAUAAGCCCCGCUCCGAUGCGCUGUGGAAACAGUUCUCUGACUGUGCCUUCUUUCAGGAAUGUCAAAAAAAGCUGGAGCACAAACUGGGCCUGGAUUCGUACCUGCUGAAACCAGUCCAGCGCCUCACCAAAUACCAGCUGCUGCUUAAGGAGCUGCUCAAGUACAGUUCAGAUUGUGAAGGGAUGUCUGAGCUGCAGGGGGCGCUAACAGCCAUGCUGGACCUGCUCAAAUCAGUCAAUGACUCUAUGCAUCAGAUAGCCAUCACAGGAUAUGAGGGGGACAUUUGUGAGCUGGGCCGUGUGUUAAUGCAGGGCUCCUUCAGUGUGUGGAUCAGCCAUAAGAGAGGUCCCACACGCAUGAAGGAGCUGGCCCGAUUCAAGCCCAUGCAGCGGCACCUCUUCCUGUAUGAGAGAGCGCUGCUUUUCUGCAAGCGCAGGGAGGAGCACGGAGACGGCUGUGACAAGACGCCCUCGUACAGCUUCAAGCACUGUCUCAAGAUGACGGCCGUGGGGAUCACAGAGAAUGUCAAAGGAGAUGUGAAAAAGUUUGAGAUCUGGUACAGUGGCAGGGAGGAAGUGUAUGUGGUUCAGGCUCCCACGGUGGAAGUGAAGAUGGCCUGGCUCAGUGAGCUGCGCAGGAUCCUAACAAACCAACAGAAGCUGCUUAGAGAUGAAGCAUAUCAACACGGACAAAUGGUUGAGCACAUGCAGCUUUCUCCCCCAGUCUCCGAGAGCAAGCAGCAGAGGGCAUCGGUGAGCUCAGAGGACACAGAAUCGGGAAGGAGCAGUCCAGACCCCCAGCCUCACUCCCCUAAACACCAGCGCAACCGCAGGAGUUGGCCCGGAGCUCAUCACUCGGUAGACAACUGCGAAGGUCAGGGGGAGUGGCCUGGAGGUCAAGACGCAGAGGAGGAGGUUUUGGUGGAACUGUCUCCAGGCAGAUACAGAGCUUUAGCUGACUGUUUACAAAAUGGACCAGAAAGCAUCGCGAUCAAACGCGGAGACGUAAUUCAACUCCAGUAUGAAGACAACAGGGGGCGCUGGCUGGUAAAGAAUCUGAGUCGACGACUGGAGGGCUUUCUCGGCGCUGCCAGCCUGCAGCUGAUCGUCGGAGACAGCAACCGAGGACACUCCUCCAGACUCGGGGACCCAGGGAACCUGAAGGUGAGAAAGCUCAGCUCCCCGUAGAGAAGAAAGCACAGACUGUGAAUCUAAUAUUUCCCUGUGGAUGGACAGAGGAAAGGGAUCGACUGAGCCAUACCUGUUCCAAACUGAUGCACUAUCAGCCUCCCCACUCCUCAGUCCCUGCUCUUUUCCAGAACAGUCCAGUCAUCAAAAACACAAAGUUGGAAAUGUCGCGAUUGUUUAUUUUCCAAGGUUUCGAUGGACAAUCACCCGGGCCAGUGUUUGCCGCUUGUGAAUGUGAACUGUGGCGUCAGCACAAAGGCGGAGGAACUGUUGAGCCCUUCUGGACCAUCAAUCAUCAAUCUUUGGAUCCUGAUUGGUCGUCCUCCUCUCUGAUUAGUGCUCUUGUCCUUCGCUCACUCCAUCUGCAACACACAUGUAGUCAGGAUGUGUUGGUUGCCGCUGCAGGAGUGAGUCACAAAAGACAUGUUUCAUUCCAGCUUGACCCUGAGCUCAUGGCACCGCCGCGCGCGUAUGCUCUUUUCUGUCGUAGUGUGCGCUGGACGGACAAUCACCGAGGAUUCGCCUAAAACACUGACAGCGGAGGCUUUUGUACAUCAUUUUUAACGGCGAGUGUACCACAGUGUCUCAUCUUUUGUGCCGUUGACGUUUUCCAUUGAAUACUUCACUGUGCUUUUCUUACAUUUCACUCCUUAUGGCAGUCUAGAAAGUUCAAAUGCCAAAAUGUGCCAUGCCAUAAUGCCUUUUUUUUAUUCCCGCUCUUUUAGAUAUCUCGCGUGUGUAGUGUUUGCAAACAAAAAAAAUCAAAUAGUCUCGCUUUAACCUGACCUAUGAAAUAUCCAACAGGCACUUUAAUAAUGUGGAAGGACAAUAGAGGAACCGAAAGCCACCUAUUGUCUGUGAAUGUAUUCUAUGCUUUACCUCUUUUACUGUGGAUUUCCCCCUGAUUCAUGCUGUUACUUCCUUUGUUUAUGCUUGAAUGACAUGUUUGGGAGGCAGAGGAGACAACAGUUGACGUGUCAGUGAUCAUAAUGUAAAGACACAGGCAAACAUGAUGAAGAGUGACGGCAAAGUAUUCCUCGGUGCGCGCCGUAAACAAAUCUGAAGCGCGAGCCGCGGAGCGUCAAACCCUUGUCGGUCUUCUUGGGAUCUUUUUCUCGGAGCCGCGACUGUCAGUCACGGCGUGGAGAAGGGGGCGAGCGAGUCAGAUUAAGAGAAAACAAAAGGAGAAAAGGGAGAUUAGGCUGUGUUUGCCCCUCUGUUUCCUCCCCAUCAUUACAGCUCAGUUAAUCUUGGUUUCCGCUUUAAAGGAGAUCAUACAGCCAACAUGAAAUAAACCCUCUAUGUCGAACGCUUAAUUAAAUAUUGAUUGCAGACUUAUAUGAAUUUACCACAUCAAAUUGAGGCCCCAGUCGGAGGGCUGCCUUUGAUAUGCUGUGUUUGAUAUGGAAAUGAGUGUGGGAAGCAGCAGGGGCUGCUUCGUACAGCACAUUUUCUAUGUUGUUCAUUUAUUUAUUUUGCUGCCGUGUUGUUCCUUCAUAUUGUGAAGUAUCUGUGCAUCCCCGGAAUUACAUUUUCAUUUCCAUACAUUUACAGGAGCUAUGUUUGACUGCACAAGAGCAAUGCUCUGCUUCUUUCUUUCUUUCUUUUUUGUCAGUUUUAGCUUAUGAUGACAUUUUUGUUAUUUCCUUAAACUUAAAUCCAAAAUGCUGCAGAUUAUGCACACAUUCUCCAGGUUGGAAAACAAAAAAUAAGAUGCACUGCUCCAAGCCAAGUGGCAUAAAUACGUUGCUUAGAGUUUCUUUAAUAGGAAAAUGCAUGGCAACUGAGCAAUAGCCUGUCACUGUUCUGAACUGGCUUCUUUUUGUAUGGCUUCAAUUCUGUACAGUAAAACAAAUAAAAACAAAUUAUUUAUUG